UUCGACAGCCCCAUGCUGCACAACCUGCAGAGCCGAGGGACGCCCGCGGCCGCCCGGCACGCCAACAUAGCAGAAUUUUUUGAUGAUUAUUCAGAGGGGCGAGAAUGUGUCAACUGUGGGGCCAUGUCCACCCCACUCUGGAGGAGAGACGGCACAGGGCACUACCUCUGCAAUGCCUGCGGGCUCUACCACAAGAUGAACGGCAUCAACCGGCCCUUGUUCAAACCUCAGAGGAGGCUGUCGGCUUCCCGCCGCGUCGGCCUCUCUUGUGCCAACUGCCACACAACAACAACCACGCUCUGGCGCAGAAAUGCCGAGGGAGAGCCCGUCUGUAACGCCUGUGGACUCUACAUGAAGCUCCAUGGGGUUCCAAGGCCUUUAGCAAUGAGAAAAGAGGGCAUUCAGACGAGGAAGCGCAAGCCCAAGAACCUUAACAAAACAAAGACGCCAGCAGGUCCAUCCAGCAGCGAGAGUCUUACCCCGACCACCAGCUCAACCAGCAGCAGCAGCAGCGCCACAACCACUGAGGAAAUGCGCCCCAUAAAAACAGAACCUGGGCUCUCAUCUCAUUACGGGCACCCCAGCCCAAUUUCUCAGGCAUUCUCAGUCUCUGCCAUGUCUGGACAUGGAUCAUCUAUUCACCCUGCGAUUUCAGCUCUGAAGCAUUCCCCACAGGCUUACCAGUCAGCUAUCAGCCAGUCUCCACAAACCAGCUCCAAACAGGACUCCUGGAACAGCCUGGUGUUAGCUGAAAACCAUGGGGACAUCAUAACAGCAUAACCUGGUCUUCCACCCAUGGACUUCAGGCUGAUCUGCUUGAGAGAUGAAGAACAUGCCACGUAAUCAUCAAGUCAAUGUUGUUUCCCACCUCCCCUGCUCCUCUGCCUUCUCUCCUCUUGUGAGAUGUUCCAGCAAAGAGGUAAAGAGGACUUUUCUGAGGUGUAGGAGAGCAGAGAAGACUCAAAUCUCAAAGUAACUAAUGAUUUGAAGCCUUUUUUCCCACUUUAAAUGAGCCUCUCUAUUUGAUCGUCACCACCUUCUAUGAAAUAACCA